CUUUGGCUUUGAGUGUUGCUCAUAAAACGUUUGUGCAUGAAAUUUGUGGAGGAACUACGUCGCGAAGUGCCCGCUACAAUCGUGCAAUUGGAGGAACGUAUAAAUGUAACACAAGCACGAGAAUUCCAUAUCAUAAGUUUAUCAAAAGUACGGCACGUAAUAGUUUCACAUAGAUCGUAACCCUACAAAAAAUAAACCUACAAGCAACCUCAUCAUCGUUUCCAUUCAUCGUCGUCGCACUAUUCAACGUGUUUUAAACUAAUUAUUACUACAAAAACAACUUCAUCACGAACUACAAUUGAACUUUGUAAAGACCCGGAAAUCAUGAAUUCUAUACUAAUUACUGGUUGUAAUCGUGGCCUUGGUCUGGGUCUAGUUAAAGCAUUGGUUAAACUUCCCAAACCACCACAACACUUAUUUGCCACAUGUCGCAAUAAGGAUCAAGCCAAGGAACUUCAAGAAUUGGCUUCUCAAAAUUCCAACAUACACAUUGUGGAAAUUGAUUUACGCAACUACAAUUCCUACGAUAAUUUAAUCAAACAAAUCGAAGAUAUUACCCAAGACAAUGGUCUGAAUGUCCUCUUCAACAAUGCUGGCGUUUCACCCAAAUCCACCAGAAUCCAUCUUACCAAAGCUGAAGAUUUAAUGAGUACUUUCGAAACGAAUACCGUGGUACCGGUUAUGCUGGCCAAAGCCUGUCUGCCUUUGUUGAAAAAAGCCUCAAAGGCCAAGGAAAAUUUAGAUUUUGGCGUUAAUCGUGCCGCCAUUAUAAAUAUGAGCUCAGUUUUAGGCUCAAUUGAGUCCAAUGUCGAAGGUGGUCUUUAUGCUUAUCGCACUUCAAAGUCUGCUCUCAAUGCUGCCACAAAAUCGUUGAGCAUUGAUUUGUAUCCCAAUAAAAUAUUGUGUGUUGCCUUACAUCCCGGUUGGGUGCGCACCGAUAUGGGUGGUGUGAAGGCGCCGCUAGAUGUUGAACCCACAACGGCUGAAAUUGUAGAGACUGUUAUGAAGUUCAAUGCAAAACAUAAUGGUGGUUUCUAUCAGUACAAUGGUGAGCAAUUGCCCUGGUAGUGAGAGGAGUAAGAUUGGAAGGAUACGAGUGGCUUAUGAAUUGUACAUUUUGUAAAAGUAGUUGUAGUUUGUUAAAGUUGUUAAAUAAAGAGAUAAUAAAGAAAAUGUGAAAUAAAGUGAAAUAAUGCCUACAAAUAACAAA